AUGGAUACAGAUAACACAAUUUUAAGUAAGUAUGAAGUUGACCUUCAAGCAAGUCAAAGUCAAAGCUGUGCUGAAGAAAGAGAAAAAAGGAAGUAUGUUCUUCAACAAAAGAAAAACAACAGAGGUUGUCAUCCUGCAUCAACAUCUGAUUCUGUUGAAAGGAUUCCAUUUUCAAAUACUUCAAGUGUUUCAACCACCAAUGUUGAAAGAAGGAAAGUGUAUCAUCUUUCUGCUUAUGCUACUCCAAAUAUUAGUAGUAAUUUGUUUCACUCAUCUACACAAGUAAAAGAUAACACAAUUUCAAGUAAGUGUGAAGUUGACCUUCAAGCAAUUCAACGUCAAAUGUGUGCUGAAGAAAGAGAAAAAAGAAAGUAUAUUCUUCAACAAAAGAGAAACAACAGAGGUUGUCAUCCUGCAUCAACAUCUGAUUAUGUUGAAAGGAUCCCAUUUUCCAAUACUUCAAAUGCUUCAACCAACAAUGUCGAAAGAAGGAAUGCGUAUCACCUUCCUACUUAUGUUAUUCCAGAUAUUAGUAGUAAUGUGUGUCACUCAUCUACAAAUGAAAAAGAUUCAUCAAGAAAAAUCUCAUCAAGGAAUGUCCAUCACACUCCUUUUGGAAGUACUAAGCAAAUAUCCAAUUUUGUUGAGAGGACUCCAUUAUCAGAUAUUACAAAUUGUGGAAUAUCUAAAAUUGAAUUACAAAUGAGUGAUGAGAUGUUACCAGAUUCUGUGUCUGUAGAUUAUAUUGAUCAUGGAGAUGCCAUCUUUGUGUGUUCUAAAUGUGAUGCAAUGUUAUGGGAAGAUGAAAUGCUUAGGGGAAAUAAAAAACGUAACAAAACAUCCUAUUCUCUUUGUUGUUCAAAUGGAGAUGUUGAGCUACCACGAUCGCCUACACCUCCUCCAUUACUACGUCAUUUAUAUAAAAGUCAUACCUCACAGUCUCGCAACUUCAUGGAUAAUAUUCGAGCAUAUAACAUGAUGUUUUCCUUCACAUCUCUUGGUGGGAAGGUUGACAAAAGUUAUCAGAGAGGUAAAGGUCCUUAUGUAUUUAGACUACAAGGUCAGAAUUAUCAUCGAAUGGGUAGUCUACUUCCGGAAGAUGGGGAAGAACCCAGAUUCUCCCAGCUUUACAUAUAUGAUUCACAAAAUGAAGUUGUAAAUCGUCAAAAAGUAGUAAGUUCUCUGAUAGAAUGCAAAACUACAAGAAACAACCAGCUUGAUAGUACAACCAUACAGGGUCUUAAAGAUAUGUUGGAUUCUUGCAAUCCUCUUGUCCAGUCCUUCGGAAUGGUAAGAGAUUGUUUUCAAGAAAAUGAGUUUCAAGAUGUAAGCUUGAAGCUUAUUGGAAUAAGAGAUAAGGAUGGAAGGGUUCACAAUUUGCCAACAGCAUCAGAAAUUGCUGCGUUAAUAAAUGGCGAUUUUGAUGGAGCAUUUGAUAAACGGGACAUUGUUGUUAGAAAGAAGGUUCGUGGUCUUCAAAGAAUUAGUGAGCUUCAUCCCUCUUACCUUGCUUUGCAAUAUCCACUUAUUUUCCCACAUGCAGAAGAUGGUUAUAGAGUUGGUAUUAAACAUAGAGGGACUGCGAUUGAUAAUGAGUUUUUGGUUGAUGGAUACACGAUGAUAGAAUCUGCCAGGUUGAAUUAUAUAAGAACACAACAACCUAAACUUAGAGCGCAAAGUCUUAAGAACUUGAAUGCUACUGUUGAAAGUGGAGAGAAUAAUGCCUCAAGUUGUGGUAAACCUAUACUUUUACCUUCAUUAUUUACUGGUGCUUCUAGAUAUAUGAUGCAAAAGUACUUGGAUGCUAUGGCAAUUUGCAAGUCUGUUGGAUAUCCCGAUUUAUUCAUAACGGUGACUUGUAAUCCAAACUGGCCUGAGAUUUACAGGUGUUUGCACGAUAAAGCUCUUAAUGCUGAAGACAGACCGGAUAUUAUCUCUAGAUUAUUCAAGUGUAAAUUGGAUCAUCUUAUAAAAGAUUUCAAGAAACAUAAAUUCUUUGGUGAUAUACAAGCAGCUCACUGUUCCAAAAUUUCAGUUAUGUAUACAGUGGAAUUUCAGAAGCGUGGACUCCCACAUGCUCACAUGUGUUUGUUCUUGGGUGCUGAAAGCAAAUUUCCAACUGCAUCUGAUAUUGAUCGUGUUAUUAGUGCUGAGAUACCAGAUAAAGAAAGAGAUCCUGCAUUAUAUGAGCUUGUCAAGCAAUUUAUGAUUCAUGGACCAUGUGGUACAGACAACCCACUUUGUCCAUGUAUGGUUCAGCAAAAAUGUUCUAAAAAGUUUCCCAAAAAUUAUGUAGAUGAGACUUGUGUUGAUUCUGAAGGAUAUCCUGUCUAUCAUCGUCAUCAAACAAGUAAUACAGUAGUAAAGAAUGAUGUGACACUUGAUAAUAGAUUUGUAGUUCCUUACAAUGCUCUCCUGCUCAGAAAGUAUUGGUGCCACGUUAACGUUGAAUGGUGCAACCAGUCAGGUUCUAUCAAAUAUUUGUUUAAAUAUAUUAGUAAGGGGCCUGAUAGAGUCACUGCUUCUGUUUUUCAAGCCAAUAGCACCAAGAAUGAUACGGAACAGAAUGUAGUUGUAGAUGAGAUAAAAGCAUACCUUGAUUGUAGAUAUAUCCCUGCUUGUGAAGCUGCUUGGAGAAUAUUCAUGUAUGAUAUACAUUAUAGAUAUCCAGCUGUUGAAGUAUUACCUUUUCAUUGUGAAGAUGGUCAGAGUAUUGUGUAUAAUGAUCAUGAUAAUUUGUGUGAUAUUGUUACUGAUCCAACUGUGAAAAUGAUAAUGAUUACAAAGUGGAUGAAUUGUAAUAAAGUCGAUGAAUUUGCCAGGACAUUGAGGUAUGUUCAGUUUCCGGGAUAUUAUGUAUGGAAUGCUAAAAAUCGCAAAUGGAAUCGAAGAAAGAAUCCGUAUGGAUCAAUUGGGAGGAUACAUUAUGUCCCACCAUCACUUGGUGAUUGUUAUUACCUAAGGAUUUUACUGAAUCAUAUUAAGGGACCAACCUGUUGUGAAGAUAUAAAAACAGUUGAUAGGCAGGUUUUUCAAACAUUUAAAGAUGCAUGUUUUGCACGGGGGCUGUUGGAUGAUGAUAAAGAAUAUGUUAAUGCUAUCAAAGAAGCUAGCACAUGGUCAACCGGAGAUUUCUUGAGGACCUUUUUUGUAAUGUUGUUGCUGUCAAAUUCGAUAUCUCGUCCUGGUGUUUUUUGGUCGGAAACGAAGUCCCUGUUAUGUGAAGACAUUCUGUAUCAGCAACGAAAGAUAACUGUUAUUGCAGGUAAUGUUUGGAUCUUCAACAAGAAGAACUUGAAAAUAUCUGUCUAUCUAAAAAUUGAAAAGUUGCUACUUACCAAUGGAAGUACAGUGAGAAAUUUUGAUGAUAUGCCAAGUGUUCCGGACAAUUAUGUUUCAUCGUCGAACAAUCGGUUGAUAAUGAAAGAAUUAUCGUAUGACAGACUAGCUCUUCAAAGGGAACAUGAUGGUUAUGUAAAGUGUUUAACUGCCGAACAGGAAAGGAUAUAUAAAAUUGUUAUGGAAGCGAUUGAAAAAGGUGAUGGAGGUGUGUUUUUUGUAUAUGGUUAUGGUGGAACUGGAAAGACAUUUCUUUGGAAGACAUUCUCAGCUGCAUUACGAUCAAAAGGUGAAGUUGUAUUGAAUGUUGCAUCAAGUGGAAUUGCUUCACUUUUGCUGGAUGGUGGUAGAACUGCUCAUUCAAGGUUUGUAAUUCCAAUCAACAUUAAUGAGAAUUCAAUAUGUUCGAUAGAGCCUAAUACUGAGUUAGGUGAUUUAAUUAAAAGAGCAACAUUGAUUAUUUGGGAUGAAGCACCUAUGACUCACAAGCAUUGUUUCGAGGCUCUUGAUAGAACAAUGAGAGACAUAUCACGUUCCAGUCAACCGAACAUGCAAUUCAAGCCGUUUGGGGGAAAGGUAAUUCUAUUUGGUGGUGAUUUUAGACAAAUUCUUUCGGUCAUCCCUAAAGGUACUAGAACAAUGAUAGUCAAUGCUUCUUUGAAUUCUUCUUAUAUAUGGCGCCACUGUCAAGUACUAAAGCUAACUAAGAACAUGAGAUUAAGAGUUGGUUGUCAGGAAGCAGAUUUGAAAGAAAUAAAGGAAUUUGGAGAAUGGAUUUAA